AUGCUAUCAACCCGGGUCGUAUAUCAUGCUCGCGCUCCCUCUAGCGAAGGAUUUUUGAUGCGUCCUCUGCAAAUCAACAAUGGAAUAAAAAGUGGCUUAGCUCACGACGACGAGGACGAUGCAGUGGCAGAAAAAAAAGCCACGCUUCGAUUAAGAGCGUCGUUCGUACCCGGCUUUGCCAACGGCUUGGUAGCUAUUGGGUGGACAACAGAAGAAGGUGUUACAUAUGCAUGUGGAGGAACUCUGACAACUGCACGCUUUGGAGACUCCGGUGGACCGAUACAGACCGAAAGGCUCGAUGUACACGGAACACUAAUUCCAUUGAUAGUAGGUGUCGUCUCAUUUGGAACUCCAUGUGCCAAAGGAUCUGUUGGAGUGUACACUCGGGUGGCUUCCUAUCGUCGUUGGUUAGAAAAUGAAACAAAACAAACUUUUGGAUAUAUGGACUGCCUGCGAAAAUCAAUGUGCAUUAACAGGGAACAGGUUCCGAUUGGCAUAAGUUCUCCUUCCUUUUAUCCAGUUCAUAGGGUUUCCAUUCGGUGGUUUGAAAAAAUCUAUUUUCAAUACCAUUGUGGAGCUACCCUUAUCGAUUAUCGGUUUGCCAUCACAUCUGCUUCUUGUGUCAGUAAAAAACCCUCACCCGGUUACAUCGAGUCAUCACUGAGUGACGAGAAGGUACCCAUUCAAGACCUUCACGUUCAUCCAGCUUACAGCAACGGAGGCGAACCGCAAAACGACAUUGCCUUAGUCAAACUUGCUAUGUAUCUGAUAGCCAAAGAAAACAUACUGCCAGCUUGCCUCUGGCGAGAGUCUGAGAUCAACGGGGAGCAUAAUCAAAUCUAUUUCUCAGCCUACAAUAAAGAGUUUGAACUAUAUGACAGUGCAAGAGAAAAUUCACAGGGGCAAAUAAACAUUGAAGCAGACAUAACUAACAAUGGACGAUGCAUAGAUCCACUGCAGCAGCGACAAAAUCUUCUCUGUGCCAGCAAUAACAUUUCACUAAUUCCCUCAGUUUGCAAGUUGAAUUACGGAGAACCAAUUGCAAUCCUUAUGAAUAACCCUCAUAUAACUUGCUAUAUCACGGGUGUGAUAUCGAGUCUAAGUGCAGGAUGCAAUGACGAUUUGAUUGGAACCAGAAUUUAUCCUCACAUAGACUGGAUCGAAAGUGUUGUUCUAGAUCGCCCCUACGAAGGAAUAUUGUUUCCACCGUGAUAUGGAAUUAUCUCGAAUAAAAA